CGAAGACCGACGCAAUACGAGCCGGCCCAGCUCUCCGCAAGCUCUCCGCCGAGUAUCAACCUCCACACAGCAUACAGCGACAUCCAAUCCCCCGAGCUCUCCUGAGAUGGAGCAACGGAAGGCCGAAAUCGCCGCAAAGCGGCAGCGCCUGGCAGAGAUUAAGAAAAGGAAUGCCGAGCGACAGCUACAGUCAACGACGCGCCGAAGUCAAGAUGUGAGCGAGAUGUCGGCUCCCAUACCGCGUGCGUACAAUCGCGAGAGCAUCGAGAUUCUGGUCAGAGACCUUGUCGGUGACCGUCCGGCGUCGACGGGGCCCAGUACUUUCAAGGGGAGCAGACCAAACUCGGUGCUCUCGGCGGCGGAGAGUAACGCUUCUGAAAUCACGUCUCCGAUCAUUCCUUCAGGGUUGGGCAUGACACCGGAAUCGACCACGUUGGGCUUCCAGACAAUAUCACAGACUCCCGUCACGAUCGUGUACGACGCCCCGCCAUCCCCGAUCCCGGAAAUCCUCACGUACAGCAAGGAGGUGCAGACGACGGAGACAUGGACGGAGACCGAUAAUUCCGAGGAUGACGCCCUGUUGUCGCCGGAGAAGGAGGAGGAGCUGCGAGAGCGGCUGAGAAGGGAGAUUGAGGAGGAGCUACGGCUGCUUCAUCUCGAGGAGGCGGACCAGGAAACCAUGAAGGGAGAUACGGAUAAGGGGUUCUUUGCGCGAGAACUGACAGAUGAGGAGAAGACGGCGAUUACGGCUUCGGAGGACUUUCUGGAUUUUAUCGAGAGGUCGUCGAAAGUGGUGGAGCGCGCGCUGGAUAUGGAGUAUGAUGUUCUGGCGGACUAUGGACUCGGUGUCAAUGGGGAGGACGAUGAUCAGACCGGAAGGAGACUGAAGGAGGUCACGCAGUUCUACGACGAGCGAUGGUCGAAGAAGCGGAUGGUCAGCGAUAUCAACUUCUCUCCGAAGUUCCCCGAGCUCGUCUUAGCAUCUUACACCAAGAACCCUUCGGCACCCCAUGAUCCAGAUGGUUUGGUGCAGGUGUGGAAUAUGCACCUGCACGACAGGGCUGAAUAUGUCUUCCAUGCCCAGAGCGAUGUCCUUACGGCCAGGUUCUCACCAUUCCACCCGAACCUGAUUGUCGGUGGAGCCUACAGCGGUCAAGUACUACUCUGGGACACCAGAGCAAAGUCGCAACCCGUUCUGAAAACCCCACUCACCGGAUCCGGGCACACACACCCUGUCUACUCGGUCUCCGUAAUCGGCACCCAAAACGCCAACAACAUCCUCAGCAGCUCCACGGACGGCGUAGUCUGUGGCUGGACUGUAGACAUGCUCGCGCAACCCCAAGAGCUCCUCGAACUGAUCGCCCCACCCCCCUCCAAAACCGACGACCUCGCGCCCACCUGCAUGGCCUUCCCCCACAGCGACCCAACCUACUUCCUCGUGGGCACAGAGGAGGGCACAAUCUACCCAUGCCAUCGCUACGACCGCGCAGGCGCCAAAGCCGGCAUCGAACCGCGCAUCUCCUACCGCGCGCACGCCGCCCCCGUCAUGUCCGUCGACUUCCACCCGGUGCGCGGGCCCGUAGACCUCGGCGACCUGGUUCUCUCCAGCUCGCUGGACUGGAGCGUAAAGCUGUGGAAAGCGCGGCCACCGGCCGCCACCUCCACCACCGCCGCAGGAACCAGCACGUCCGCGCAGCCGAUCCUCGAGUUCUCGCGCGAAGACGUCGUCUAUGAUGCGCGCUGGAGCCCCACGAAACCGGGUGUCUUCGGCCUCGUCGACGGCGCUGGCCAGCUUGAGAUCUGGGAUAUCACUGUUGACACGGAGAUCCCGAUCGCGAAGGCCACGCCGACGCCGAGGGUCGGCGCUACCCAUCUGACCAAGAGCUUGAAUAAACUUGCGUGGGAGCAGCAUGACGGGAAGAGGGUGGCGGUCGGAGGACUCGAUGGAAUGGUUACCGUGUUUGAUGUCACACUGGAUUCCCCGAGGAAUGAGGAGUGGGCGAGUGUAAAGAGGCUGGUUAGUCGGGUUGAGGGGACUGCUGCUGCUGCUGCUACGGCGGCGGCGGGGACGAAGUAGGUGUGUUGAUAUCGUAAUAGGAAAACUUAAUAGCG